AGGGUGGGGACGACAGCAUAGCAAAGUUGGGGGGUUACUGGUCUCACAAAUUUCCACAUGGCAUAUGAUGAAUGGUGCCAAUGCAAAAAAGGCCGUGUGAAAAGAAAUUCAGUCAUUCGUUGGUCGUCUGCCUCGUCCGCUGUGGCCCUCCUGUAACUCACAAAAUCACACUAGCAAUAAUGGAGGAAACGGACAUCAACAACAACAACAACAACCAUAACCCAAUUUCCAAUUCCAAACCCAAACUCACGCUUUCCUCUUCUUCUUCUGCAUGGCUUCCUCCAUCUUCAUCUUCAUAUUCAUCUUGUUUCUUCUUCCUACUCUCACCCCCUCACGGGCUCUCUUCUCCGACUACAUCAAACCAAACUUCACCCUUUCCUCAUUCCAUUUCAACGACAACAACGCUGGGGCUUUCUUGCACUCCCUCAACUCUACCUUCAAAGCCUUCUUCACCAACCGUUCCCAGCUCUCUGUUUUCCAUGUCUCCUCCAGUUCCACCGUCUGGUCCACCGACAACCCACCCCUCUCUACCCCUGCAAAGCUUUCUCUCACCCACAAUGGCCUUUCCAUCUCCAACGACUCUGAUUAUGUUUUCUGGUCUACCCCCAAAUUGGAGUCUUCGGUUUUUGCUCUUCGGCUUUUCGAUGAUGGAAACCUUGUCUUGCUCGAUGACAAAAACGGCUCUCUCUGGCAGAGUUUCGAUAACCCCACCGACACUGUCGUCCCCGGACAGCGAUUGGCCAUCGGAAAAGCGUUGUCGGCAGGCCGGUACCGGCUUACGCUCACCGGAAGUGAUGCGUUGCUGCAGUGGAACGGGUUGACGUACUGGAAACUGUCCAUGGAUAUAAAAGCGUACAGGGACUCGAAUGCAGGAGUGGCUUCCAUGGCGUUGAAUAAUUCCGGUUUCUAUCUCUUCGCCAGCGACGGAUCGACAGUUGUGUUUCAAGUAAAGUUGGAUGGUCCGGCGGGGUUCAGGAUUGCCAGGAUGGGUUUGGAUGGGAAAUUCACUAUCAGCAACUUCAUAGCAAGUAAAUGGGUGGUGGAAUUUUUACGCCCAUUUGAUCAAUGUCAAAUUCCUUUAAUCUGUGGAAGACUCGGUUUGUGCAAGCCCAGGCCGCCCACGUCGGUGACUUGUUCGUGUCUGCGAGGUUUCCGCAGCAGCAAUGGAGGUUACUCGGAUAACGGUGAAUGCAAGCCAAUUGAAACAUCAGUUUCUUUGCCUUCUGGUUGUGAUUCCAUUACCAAUAAUGGCAGUAUUUCUUACUUGAAACUUGAUGAUGAAAUAGAUUAUUUCGCUAAUGAUUUUGUACAGCCUGUAAAGCGUGAUGUCAGCGUAUCUGUUUGUAAGGAUUUAUGCUCAAAGAAUUGUUCUUGCAUGGGCAUUUUCCAUGGAAGUUCUUCUGGUUCUUGUUGUUUUCUUCAGAACCCAUUGGGUUCCAUAAUGUCUAGAUUUGGUAAGAAGGAUCGUUUGGGGUAUAUAAAGACCCUAGCGGUACAUUCCCCGGAAAACCCAGAUAGGAAAGGUUCCAAAUUCCCAGUAUAUGGAUCUGUACUCAUAUCUUCGUUUGGGUUUUUACUCAUUGUCAUUGUUGUUGGAAUUCUCUGGUUGAGAAGAAACAGAGUUUCUAAGGGCGCAAAUCCAAAACUAAACCGUUCCAAGUCAGCUUCAUCAGGAGAGCUUGAGGCCAUCUCCAUUGCUGGUUUACCAGCGAGGUUUAAUUAUGAUGAACUUGAAGCUGCAACUGAUAAUUUCAAGACUCAGAUUGGAAGAGGUGGAUUUGGUAUAGUGUAUAAAGGUACUCUGCCUGAUGAAACUGUAGUGGCGGUGAAGAAGAUCACAAACUUGGGAGUUCAAGGAAAGAGAGAAUUUUGCACUGAGAUUGCCAUAAUUGGGAAACUCCACCACGUCAAUCUGGUUAGGUUGAAAGGUUUCUGUGCACAAGGAAGACAGAGGUUUCUGGUAUAUGAGUAUAUGAACAAGGGCUCAUUGGAUCGAAGCCUUUUCGGUAAUGGUUCUGUUUUGGAAUGGCAAGAGAGAUUUGAGAUAGCCCUUGGAACAGCGAGGGGGCUUGCUUACUUGCACAGUGGGUGUGAACCCAAGAUCAUACAUUGUGAUGUCAAGCCAGAAAACAUUCUCUUGCACGGCAAUUCACAAGUGAAAAUCACAGAUUUUGGGCUCUCAAAGCUGCUAAGCCCUGAACAAUCUGCUCUGUUUACUACUAUGAGAGGGACAAGAGGUUAUCUAGCACCCGAAUGGCUAACUAGCUCUCCAAUUUCAGACAAGGCUGAUGUGUAUAGUUAUGGAAUGGUGUUACUAGAAAUUGUUAGUGGAAGGAAGAAUUGCUCCUUGCAAACGUGGAGCCAAAGCGCAGAAAAUGAUCAUAGCAGUGGAGGACAUGGUGCAUCACCAUCUUCGGGUAUUGUGUACUUCCCCUUACUUGCAUUGGAAAUGCAUGAGCAGAGAAGGUAUUUAGAGCUUGCAGAUCCAAGGGUGGAGGGGAGGGUGUCAGCUGAGCAGGUUGAGAUGCUGGUGAGGAUUGCCUUGUGUUGUGUGAAUGAAGAGCCAGCGCUGAGGCCAAGCAUGGUUAAUGUGGUUGGCAUGUUGGAAGGAAGAGUGCCUUUGGAUGAGCCAAGGAUUCAGAAACUGAAUUUUCUGCGGUCUUAUGGCCGGUUAUUUACUGAGGCAUCGAAAAUGGAAGCCUUCAGCAAGCAGAAUGAGUUUGAAAUGUUUACAAAAUUCGAUACUAUGUUCAACAGUGGAACCAGUGGUUCGUACAACUCUCUGUCUUACAUCUCUUCACAAGAUGUCUCUGGUCCAAGGUAGCUCUCUAUGCUUGGCAUGUCCUUUUGUGCUUUCUUUGCUCAGGUUUUGUUGACAAAUGGAGCUUGCAACUUCCUAUUUCCUAGAUUUCUUUCUUCUUUUGCAAGUUUCAAAUGUAAAUACUGAAGGAUCAUUUUAGGGAUUUAAUUAGUGGCUUGCUGUAGUUUUCGCUAGACUACCAUACGUAAUAAUAUGUAGAACUUUCAGCUGUUCUUGCAAGAUAUGAGAUCACAAACUAUAAGCAUAUGAUAAAAAUAUGAGAUUGAUUUCAGCAGUCCAAGAUUUGUAUACCAGAUAUUUGCUCAAAACCUUAUUUGCUGCACUGUCCGUGAGUUCCAUGAACUUCAGUUGAAGAAGGUGAUCAUAGAUUUAGAUGGAAAAUUUCAUCCUACUUAAUAAAAACUCCUGUUUUUUUUGUUUA